AUGAUGGAUGAACAUAUACCUACAUUCUUAGCAGUUACAGGAAUAGAAGAUGAAUUAAUUGCAAAACAAUUUUUAGAAGUAGCUAAUAAUGAUUUAGAAUUGGCUGUCACAUUAUACAUGGAAUCAGGAGGUCAAACUAACCAAACUCAAAACCACAGUGGUUCAAAUCAAGAUGAUGCUGAAUUAGCUCAAAGAUUACAACAACACGCAUAUCAAGAUGCCGACGACGUAAGAGAAGCAGAUUCAAAUGUACAUCGUCAUGAAACCUUAGUUGAUCAAUUUGGUGGUACAGGUUCACCAUUCCCAUUCCCACAAUUGAAUCAAUUUAAUAACCGACCUGUUGAUUUUUUUGGUAGAAGACAACAAGGUAUAUUUCAUCAAGGAUUAGAUUUUGAAAAUAGAAUAACUGAACUAGAUGAUGAAGAUAUGGAAGAUAUGGAAGAUAUGGAAGAUGAAGAAGAUGAAGAUUUUGAAAAUUGUCAAUAUGAAGAUUCAAAUGUACGAAUUUUAGACUCCGAUGGUGAAGAAAUUGAAGAGAUGGAAUCAAGAGGGUCUGGUCGUAGAAGGCGAUUGAGACAACAAAGAGAAUCAGAAUUAACAUCAACUCAAAGAAGAUUAGCCAAUUUAUUUCGUCCUCCAUUUGAUAUAAUUUCAAUAAUUUCAUUAGAUCAAGCUAAAGUGGAGGCAAAAAAUGAACAAAAAUGGAUAUUAAUAAAUAUUCAAGACUCAUCUGAAUUUAAUUGUCAAGUUAUAAAUCGAGAUUUAUGGUCAAAUAGCAGAAUAAAACAACUAGUUAAGGAUAAUUUUAUAUUUUUACAAUAUCAACAAGAUUCAUUCAAUGGAGAAACAUAUUUGAAUUUUUAUGGGCAUUGUGAAAUCUUCCCUCACUUAGCUAUAUUGGAUCCAUUAACUGGGGAACGUGUUUAUAAAUUUAAAGAUGGUGAAGUACCGGAUGUAGAAAUUUUUACAGAAGAGGUUGACCAAUUUCUUUCACAAUUUUCAUUGAAUCCAAAUUCGAAUAAUCCAAUAAUUCAACAUGAGAUUAAAAUUGAUCCUGAUAGUUUAAGUGAAGAACAACAGAUUGAAUUGGCAAUGAAACAAAGCAUAAUGGAUAAUCAAAAAGAUAAAGGAAAAAGUUAUGAAGAACCAAUUGAUUUGGAUUCAGAGCCAGAACAAGAAAAAGAAGAAUCAAACACAAUAACUACGGACACAAAUACUGAGUCUGUUUUUGAUUCAAUUAAACCAAUAAAUCAUGAAGAACCAAGUGGAGCAGAACCUACUACUCGUAUUCAAAUUAGGUUCCCAAAUGGUAAGAGAUUAGUACGUAAAGUUGGAUUAAAUGAUACUAUAAAAUCACUUUAUGAAUAUUUGAAGUAUGUACUAGUUGAAAAUGGUCAAGAUUAUGGUUUAAAUGCUGAUGAUAAAUUUAAUUUAUCUAGUUCUGAUAAAGCUUUUAAAUUUAUUGAAUCAUUAGAUAGAACUAUUGAAGAAGCAAAUUUGAAAAAUGCAAGUAUAUUAUUAGAAAAAGAUUAG